UUUAUGCAGAGGAAAUGGAUAUGGAGACCUCUCAUGCAAAGCUAUUUCCUCUACUUUUCAUCCUUCUAAACUCAGCUUGGUCCAUAGCUUCAAGCUCCAUUUCUCAAAGCUUUGUGCAAUGCCUUUCCUCCCAUAUUCAGAACUCUAACUCCAGUAAUGAAAUCAUUCUCACCAGAACCAGUUCAGCUUAUCCUUCAGUGUUAGAUUCUUCCAUACAGAACCUCAGAUUCUCGAACAAUUCCACACCAAAACCAGAGGCCAUCAUAACUCCUUUUGAUGAAUCUCAUGUUCAAGCAGCUGUAAUUUGCUCCAAGAAAAAUGGCCUACAAAUAAGAAGCCGAAGCGGGGGGCACGAUUACGAGGGCCUAUCUUAUGUGUCCAGAGCUCCUUUCAUCAUCAUUGAUCUGUUCAAUCUUCGUUCCAUCGAUGUUGACAUAGAGAAUGAGAGUGCUUGGGUCAAAUCAGGUGCCACUCUUGGAGAGGUGUAUUACAGCAUUGCACAGAAGAGUAAAGUCUAUGGCUUUCCAGCAGGGUCUUGUCCCACCGUUGGUGUUGGGGGACAUAUCAGUGGAGGUGGAUUUGGAACCAUAUUUCGAAAAUAUGGUCUAGCAUCUGACAAUGUCAUUGAUGCCAGAAUUGUAGAUGUUAAUGGCAGAAUUCUAGAUAGAAAAUCCAUGGGAGAAGGGCUAUUUUGGGCUAUUAGAGGAGGAGGAGGAUCAAGCUUUGGAGUCAUUCUAGCAUUGAAACUUAGACUGGUUCCUGUUCCCCCUACUGUAACAGUUUGCGACAUUUCAAAGACAAAAGAACAAGGCGCAACCAAACUUCUUUUGAAAUGGCAAAACAUUGCAGACAAGCUUCCUGAAGAACUUUUUCUACAUUCAGUUAUAGGAAGCGGUGGCAACACUAUUACAGUUGAAUUCGGUUCCUUGUUUCUUGGCCCGGUUGAGACACUUCUCCAACUGAUGCAGGACAAUUUCCCAGAGUUGAGUUUAAAAAGAAGCCAUUGCACCGAGAUGAGUUGGAUUCAAUCUGUUUUAGACUUUGCUGGCUACUCUAUUCACGAAUCCUUAGAAAUUUUGCUGAAGCGCCAGCAAUUCAGCCUCUUCUACAAAGCAAAAUCAGACUAUGUGACUAAACCCAUCUCAGAAGCUGGCUUGGAAGGCUUAUGGCAGAGGUUGCUUGAAGCAAACACAUCCUAUUUGAUAUUGACACCAUAUGGAGGAAAAAUGAGUGAGAUUUCCGAUUCAGAAACAGCUUUCCCACAUCGACAAGGAAACAUAUAUAAAAUCCAGUAUAUGGUUACUUGGGGUGAUGGCAAGGAUACUCAGAAGUAUGUUAGGUUUAUGAGAAGGUUGUAUGCAUACAUGGCACCGUAUGUUUCAAAAUCUCCUAGAGCUGCCUAUCUGAAUUAUAGGGAUCUUGAUCUGGGUAGGAACAGUGAUGGCAAUACAAGCUAUGCACAAGCAAGCAUUUGGGGUUCGAAGUACUUCAAGAACAACUUUAGGAGACUUGUUCAUGUUAAGACCUUGGUUGAUCCUGGCAACUUCUUUAGGAAUGAGCAAAGCUUCCCAGUGUUUUCAUCAGGUAGAAAGUAGUAGAAUGUCAACCAAUGGGCUUAGGUUCCAAAACAAACAAUAAAUAGAAGGAUCGGACUUCGGUUUAAUUUCUCAUUCAAUGUUAAUCUUUACUAUAAAAUCAAUGUUAAUCUUUAUUAUA